AUGAAAGAGAAGAGUAAUGGGGUUGUGGCUGGGAAAGUUGUGGUGGUUGCUGUUAAUGCUUUGAGGGAAAUUCAAAAGACUGCUCUGGUGUGGGCUUUGACUCAUGUUGUGCAACCUGGCGAUUAUGUUAAGCUUUUGGCUGUGAUUCCUUCUCACACAUCAAGUAAAAAGAUAUGGGAGUUUGCAAGAUUUACUAGUGAUUGCACCACUAGUCAUCGGAGGUCUCUUUCAGGAACCGUGUCAGAUAAGAAGGAUGAUAUUGUGGACUCAUGUUCUCAGAUGGUGCUCCGGCUCCAAGAUGUUUAUGAUCCAGAGAAGAUAAAGAUCAGGAUAAAAAUUCUCUCUGGCUCACCGUGCGGUGUUGUGGCUGCCGAAGCAAAGAGAGCUCAAUCAAACUGGGUUAUAUUGGACAAACAAUUGAAAUAUGAAAAGAAACACUGCAUGGAAAAACUGCAAUGCAAUGUUGUGAUUAUGAAACGAUCUGGGCCAAAGGUUCUUCGCUUGAAUUUGAUAACAAAGACAGAACCUGAAGUGCCUUACCCUUCAAUGUCUGAAUCAGAAUCUUCUCCAAAACGUCUAAAAAGCAAGUUUGAAGAGUCGAAUAUGAUUAGAGGGCCAACUGUGACUCCUAGAAGUAGUUUUGACCACGAGUCACAUCUGACUGCAACUGAUAUUGGAACAUCAUCCAUAUCAAGCUCAGAUGUGGGGACUGAACGAGAUUUUCUUUCCGAAAUUUUGGGGAGGUUAAAGCAAGAGUAUCCAUCUACUAUUGAAGGAAAUCAGAAUUUGAAUGAAUCUGAUACCGAGACAAAUAAUGAAAACCAGAGUUCUUACUUCACAAGUUCUUGUUGCCAGCCUUGUAUGGCAGAUUAUCCAAGUUCUGGUGGUGAGUUUUCAAGAUGUGCAGGGGAAGGUUCAGAGAGACCUUAUGAUAAGGCUCUGAUUUCAACAUACGGAGCCUUGCUGGAUAAGUUAGCUAACUUGAAUCGAGAACCUGAUGUUGGGGUCUUGAAUUAUAGGCUUGAUUUGAAUUUAAGCAGAAGUGUACGUGAAGCAAUUUCAUUAUCCAAAAAUUCACCUCCUAACCCUCCUCCAUUGUGCUCCAUAUGUCAGCACAAGGCACCUGUUUUUGGAAAUCCUCCUCAGUGGUUCACGUAUGCGGAGCUGGAAUUUGCUACAGGUGGAUUUUCACAAGCAAAUUUCUUGGCUGAAGGUGGGUUUGGUUCUGUGCACAGAGGUGUCUUAGCACAUGGUCAGGUUGUUGCUGUCAAGCAAUAUAAAUUGGCUAGUUCUCAAGGUGAUCAAGAAUUCUGCUCAGAAGUUGAGGUCCUAAGCUGUGCACAGCAUCGCAAUGUUGUGAUGCUGAUUGGGUUCUGCGUGGAGGAUGGAAGAAGGUUGCUAGUUUAUGAAUAUAUAUGCAACGGGUCUUUGGAUUCUCAUCUAUACAGGCCACAGAGACAUCCGUUAAAAUGGUCUGCGCGACAAAGAAUUGCAGUUGGAGCAGCUCGAGGGUUGAGAUACCUUCACGAAGAGUGUAGAGUGGGUUGCAUUGUCCACCGUGAUAUGCGACCAAACAAUAUCCUUCUGACGCAUGAUUUUGAACCCUUGGUUGGAGAUUUUGGACUGGCAAGGUGGCAACCAGAUGGAGAUGUUGGGAUGCAAACAAGAGUACUUGGAACAUUUGGUUACUUGGCUCCAGAAUAUGCUCAAAGUGGACAAAUCACAGAAAAAGCUGAUGUCUAUUCCUUCGGGGUAGUUCUAGUGGAGCUUAUUACAGGACGGAAAGCUAUGGACUUAAACAAGCCUAAAGGCCAACAGUGCCUCACUGAAUGGGCACGGCCCUUGCUAGAAAAGAACGCCAUUUUUGAGCUGUUAGACCCGCGGUUAAGGAGCUGCUAUUCGAAUCAAGAGGUUUGUAACAUGCUGCAAUGUGCUUUCUUGUGCAUCAGGAAAGACCCUCAUUCCAGGCCUCGCAUGUCCCAGGUGCUUCGGAUUUUGGAAGGCAAUGACAUCCCCGCAAAUUCAACAAAGCAUUCUUGA